AUGACGUCAUAGAUUCAGUCGAGUUUUAUCAGUCUGUGGAGCUAUACAUUUUUUUGACCGUUGUGCCAACUCGAGCACUGAAUGUUUAUUGUAUGUAAGUAAAUCUUUAUAAAAACGAAGUUGCUGCCUACUUUCAUUACGCGUCAAGCUCGAGAACGGAACGAGAACGGAAUUAAGAUUGUGGCUACACUGUGAUUUAACCUGCUAAACUGUCACUUAGUUUAGUUCACACUACGCUGGGCACGCCCACGCGCAGCCUAACCAACGAGCUGAGGGCUGUGUGUUAUGGAGGAAAAGAACAUGACUUACCGUCUGUUAUUUGAGCAGUAAGCGCGUGAGAGCUUGGUAAGAUGCCAGAAGUUCCGCCGGCAGCACCGGAGAUGUCCCGGAAAAGAAGCGCCGAGCCCGGUCCGUUAGCAGAGCAGGUCCCGGAGAGGAAAAAGGCCUGCUGGGGCAUUAUGACGAGCCAAGGGUCGUGGGCAGAUCGGUCCCCUCUCCAUGAAGCAGCUUCUCAGGGUCGACUGCUCGCCCUGCGCACUUUGCUGGCCCAGGGAUAUCACGCCAACAUUGUCACCAUCGAUCAUGUGACCCCUCUCCAUGAGGCCUGCCUGUUAGGACAUGUGGCCUGUGUCAGAGCAUUAUUAAAUUCUGGAGCUAAUGUGAAUUCUGCCACCAUCGACGGUGUCACUCCUCUGUACAACUGUUGUGCCUCUGGGAGUGUCGGUUGUUUGGAACUGCUGCUGCAAAAUGGAGCACACACACACACACCCCACACACAUUUCCCUUCGGCUCUGCACGAAGCCUGCAAGAGAGGUAACAGCCAGUGUGUGGAGUCCCUGGUGUCUCAUGGAGCAGAUCCAAACCAUGAAGUGUCCCACUUGGGUACUCCUCUCUACAUGAGCUGUCUACACCGACACACAGCAUGCUCGAAGAUCCUGCUGCACAGAGGAGCCGAUGUUAAUGUAGGGAAAGGAAUUGAAAGUCCUCUACAUGCCACUGCCAGACAGGACAGUGCAGAACAGGUGUUGGUGUUACUAGACUACGGAGCUAAUGUCAACAUCAGAGACGAUAACGAUCAGCGGCCCGUUGAGCUAGCGCCUGCUGGUGGAAAAACAAAACAGCUGCUACUGACAUUUGAAGGUGGCCCGAGGAGUCUGUGCCAGUUAUGUCGACUCCGGAUCAGGAACCUGAUUGGUCGAUCCAGACUGAAACUGCUCCCUCUUCUUCCUCUCCCUACCCUGCUCACUGACUACCUGGCGCAUCUAUAAGAGGAUGGGCACACAUACAGCAGGACAGGGGAAGGCAACUUCAUUUCAUGUGACCUUACUUUAACCAAGCCCCUUAUUAACCAAUUCAUGUCACAACACAUCACAAUGUUUUAAACAGUAUAAUUGUUUGUGCUACUGCAAUGUCACACACCAAAAUACACUAAAGAUUUACUCUACUGCAAGUUGA